CGGGUGAGCCCGGCGGCGGGGCCGUGCCGGAGCUGAGCCAGGCCGGUGUCGUGGUGGCCGCGUUCCCGAGCCAGGAGCUGCGGGCCCGGUGCCAGCGGAUCAGCUAAACCCGGGGAUGAGGAGCGCCGUGGCAGCUGAGCGCCAGCCGGGGCCGGGACCCGGAGGAGCCGCCGGGGCGCGGUGCCGCGGCUGAGCCCGGCCCAGCCGAGUCGUGCCCCGAGCCCCGCGCCGCCGGGGCCGGCAGCAGAUGCUCCCUACCUGGCACUCGGAGCCACCGGGGGCCCUCGCCGCGGCUGAACAACGCGGAUGGAAAGCUGCAGCCCAGCAGGGAGCCUUGCUGGCCGGCUGACACCAUCCCGCGCCCUAUGCCCGCGCCCUGUGCCGGAGCGGGCGCCGUCCCCGGCUCAGCCACCCGCCGACCAUGAAGUGCUCGUUGCGCUUCUGCUUCCUCUCGACCGCCUUCCUGCUCGUCUUCGUCAUGUCCCUCCUCUUCACCUACUCCCACCACAGCAUCGCCUACCUGGACCCCGGCGGGCUGGGCGGCAUCCACCGGGUGAAGCUGGUGCCCGGCUACGCCGGAAUGCAGCGGCUCAGCAAGGCGGGGCCGUACCCCCGGGGCUGCGCCUGCCGCCGCUGCCCCGCCGAGGAGCCCGGGGCCACCGACUGGUUUGACGGGCGCUACGACGGCAGCGUGUCCCCGGUGUGGACCAAGGAGAACAUGGACCUGCCGCCCGACGUCCAGAGGUGGUGGAUGAUGCUGCAGCCCCAGUUCAAGUCCCAAAACACCCACGAGGUCCUGAGCAAGCUCUUCCAGAUCGUGCCAGGAGAGGAUCCCUACCGCUCCCGUGACCCGCGGCGCUGCCGCCGCUGUGCCGUGGUCGGCAACUCAGGCAACCUGCGUGGCUCCGGUUACGGGCCGGAGAUCGACGGGCACGACUUCGUCAUGCGGAUGAACCAGGCCCCCACAGUGGGUUUUGAGGGCGACGUGGGUGGUCGGACCACACACCACUUCAUGUACCCCGAGAGUGCCAAGAACCUGCCCGCCAACGUCAGCUUCGUGCUGGUGCCCUUCAAAACCCUGGACUUGCUCUGGAUCGCCAGUGCCCUGUCCACUGGCCAGAUCAGGUUCACGUACGCACCUGUGAAGCCUUUUCUGCGUGUGGACAAAGAAAAGGUACAGAUCUACAAUCCUGCCUUCUUCAAGUAUAUCCACGACCGCUGGACGGAGCACCACGGGCGCUAUCCCUCCACUGGCAUGCUGGUGCUCUUCUUCGCCCUCCACGUCUGCGACGAGGUGAACGUCUUUGGGUUCGGCGCCGACAGCCGGGGGAACUGGCACCACUACUGGGAGAACAACCGCUAUGCGGGGGAGUUCAGGAAGACGGGGGUGCACGAUGCCGACUUCGAGGCGCACAUCAUCGACAUGCUGGCCAAAACCAGCAAGAUCGAGGUUUACCGGGGCAACUGAGGGCUGUGCCGCCCCCGGCUCCCUGCUCUGCCGGGUCCUGCUGCCUGCGGGGGCAGAGGGCGAGGGUGUCCCCAGUGGCCUCGGGCGACGAACACCAAGUUGGGCGGCGCCGGUUCUGCGCCGCUGACAGAGCCACCCCGGCGAUAUUUGGUGCCUCCAGCAGCCAAUCAGGUUCAGAGCUAAAGGAGACUUUUUGCUUUUUUUUUUUUAAUAGUAAUUAUUAUUAUUAUUAUUAAGAAACCCAGCUGAGAAAGGAUUUAUAAACACAAUCAGCGACUGACCAGGCGGCGGGGGCGGCCGCCUCGCAUCUCUACAGUCAAACCAAAUGCUGCUCUUUUUAAAACAAGACAACCCCCCACCCCGAAGCUGGGUGACUUUGGGGAACCCCUCGAGCACCAGCGUCUGGGCCGAGGGAGCCGCGGCGGCUGCGCAGCCUCACCAGUGGAACCGGCUGCUUCUUUCUUCCUUUAUUUUGGGUUUUUGUUGUUUUGUUUUUUUCCCCUACCUGGGGCAGCCGAUGCCUCGUUUCUCCAGAGAAGGCUCCCAGCAGAGGCAGGUCCCAGCACGUGGAUCCGUGGUGGGGAGCUGGCAGCUGCAGGAAGCCGAUCAUUGCCGAUGCUCCACUGCAGGGUGGUGAUCACUGGCACAGCCGGGCUGGGAGGUGAAGAGGAGCCCUGACUUCAACACCCAGGAUCCCUGCUCCUCUACCUGAGGACUGAGGAAGGAUAUGACAGAUUUUGGGAGCGACUUGUGCAGGAGGCAGCUAAGAAACCCCCAGGAGCAGCAGCCCAGUCCCUCUGGCUGGGCUCUGGGAGCGGUUGCAGGAUUCACAAGGCUGUGGGAUGCAGCAGGGUCAAGGAGACAGGAUUUCCUUCGUUUUCAGACUGGGAAAAAACAGAUUAGAGAUAGCUUUAGAGGGUGAUUGAACCAUGCUUUUGCUUUUGUGUUGCUCUAAAGAGCUCUGGUGAGAAGCUGAAAUCCCAAAGUCUGCUCCAUUUGCGAGGGUGGCGCUUGGUUUAGACCAGUCUGAUACAGCUGGUGCCCUCAGGGUCCCCAGGGCUUCCCAGGCUGGACAGGCAUGAGACAGAGAGAUGCUGAAGGAAACUGCUUCCCCUGAGGUGUCAUUAAAACCACUUUUCUUUGGGUCAAUCAGAUGGGUGGGGGUUUUUUUUUGGUUUGUGUUUUUUUGGUGUUUUUUUUUUUAGGAGGUGCUGGAAAGCUCAAGAAAAAGGCAAUCAUGGAAAAGGUCCCCCAGAGAGGGACCCUCCACCUGUGCAGCUGGUGCCAAGAGUGGGGUGGGGGCUGUGGGGUUGUGCCCAGCUGGGGAAGCCCUGCCCACACUGCCUGGUUGCAACAGUUGUUUGAGGAACAAUCACCAUAGGGGUUUUUUUGGGCUUUGAGGAUUUUUACCCUUUUGUAUCUGGCUUUUCUGUAGCAGCCUCUUCCCUGUUUCUCUGCUUCAGUUUGGUUGUUUUUCAGGGUUUUCUUCUCUUCUGUUUUUUUGAGGUUUCUCUCUGCAAUCGUCAAACACGAGGGUGUGGGUUGGUCACCUGGAGCAGGCACUCAGGAGCCCCUGGGCUGGGGAAAUUCAGCUUUUCUGUCCGCAGGGCUUUAGACCCUUGAGUUUUGUGGUGGGUGUUGGUAGGUGUGGAGCUGCCCCAGCGCUGGCAGCCCCGAGCCCCGGGGCACAGAGGCAGGUGGUGGCAGCAAGCCCUGCUCUCCACCUUCCUGGGUGGCUUUUUAGUUUUUGUCUGUUUUUUUAACGGGAAGAAAAGUAAAAAACCACAAAACCACAAGCAACAACGAGUGCCUUGACCAUCUCCCAUGGGCCCUGCCAGGCUGUGCCUGCUCCCAUGCUGGCGGCAGGGACUUGGCCGACGUAUCUGGCAGUUGUACCCACCUCCCUCCUCGCACCAGGCUGGAUCUUAGUUGGGAAGAGAGGGGCACAUCCAGGCCACUAUACUGGUGGCUAGAAAGGCCAAAUCUAGUGUGAUGAGGCCAGACCAGCUCCUGUUAGAGCUGAGCAGGGCCCGGCCUGACAAUCACAGGGUGAGCAGAGACGCCGGGUGCCGAGCCCGGGUACCAAACCCUGCAGCAGCGCAGUGCUGGCACCUGGCGAAGGGCGUGUUCGGGGCUGCCCUGACAGUAUUUUUGGGGUUUUUUUUUUGCUAACUUCCUUCCCCUACCCCCUCUUUUUUUUGUUGUUGUUGUUGUUUUAAUUAUUCUAUUAUGUUUUAUUUAAGCUGUCCCACUAGGACUGGCGAGCACUCGCGUUGGGCGGGCAGGGCCGCGGGCAGGAGCACACGCGGCCGGCGCACCACUGUACUGUACAUAGAGGAGAUGUAGGCAGAGGCUACGGGCAGGGGGGGCAGGCAGGGAGGGGGUGCCCAGGCUUGCCCACCUGGCAAAGGUUAGUCUGCAUCACGCGGUGCCUGAUCCGAGCACCCAUCGCCUCCCGCCCCGCCGGGACCGGGAGAGGCCAGUGCUCUGAGCGAGGGCUAGGAGCAGGCGGGCAGCUCAGCCCGUAGCCUCUGUGUACAUGGGUACUUCUGCACACAACUGUCUUAAAAACAACUGUUUUUUUUAAAGGUCAAUAAAAACCAUGCAUCAAA